CUUCCGCUCUAAUGAUGAUGGCCAUAUUAAAGCCUUAUUCCACCCCCUUCAGUCUCUCCUUGCUGCAUCAAGAACAACCAAAAUGGAGCAAAAUCAAAGGCCAUCUUCGUCGAGAUCUUAUCAAUUCCACCCAGCUAAAGUAGCUAUUACUGAUCUCUUCAACCUUUAUUUAGGGAGAAGUUCGCGUCAAAAAUCUGAAGAACAACCACCGAACAAGGCACAAAAGCGUGUAACAGCGUUCAAUAGAGAUCUUCCUCCUCCAAAUGAGCAAUUUGUUUCAGACUUUGAACAUGUUCUGAGGCAAUUUCCUGAUCAAGAGCAAAUAAGAUUGGUAACAGAAUCUGUUCUGAUUUCUCUAGUUGUUCAGUGCAGUAGCCAUUCUCCACGAGCAGACUUUCUUCUCUUUGCUUUGAGAAGCUUGUGCAGUAUUGAUCUUAUAAAUUGGGAUACUUUUUUAGCAUCCCUUCUCAAUGCGGUGUCCUCUGCAGAGAUGUCAUUUGGUCAAUGUAGUCAAGCUAAACCUGCUGUCACUUCAACAAAUAUAACUCAACCUGGGAUGUUGCCAACCUCAAACACAGUAUCAGUUUCUUCUACUUUUCAGUCUAAUCCUGCAUCUCCAUUGAUCUCAGCUCAGGGUGUAGGAUCUCCUGCUCAGUCUGCUAAUGAACCAUCGUCUGCUUUAACCUCAUCUCCAGUAAAGUUGAAUGAGAUCUCUAGUAAUCUCCAACAACCAUCCUUGAAGGUUAAUUCAGCAGUAAAAGAUAGUGCCAUUAGCAGUUUGCGCCAGCGCUGCUGCAAAAUAAUUCUAAUCAGUUUGGAUUCUACUUUGAAACCUGUCACACAUGCUGAAAUCUUAUGUCACAUGCAAACUUGGCUGGUCAAUUGGGAUCAAAGACCUCAAAUUAAUGAUGAUUCUGAUGUUGCAAAAUCUUGGAGACCUGACAAGGCUCUCACUGACUGGCUUCAUAGUUGUUUGGAUGUCGUUUGGUUAUUAGUCAAGGAGGACAAAUACCGGGUUCCAUUUUAUGAGUUACUGCGCAGCGGAUUGCAGUUCAUUGAAAACAUACCAGAUGAUGAAUCCUUGUUUACGCUUAUAAUGGAGAUUCAUCGACGACGGGACAUGAUGGCGAUGCAUAUGCAAAUGCUAGACCAACACCUACAUUGCCCUACUUUUGGCACCCAGCGAUUUUUACCUCUAGCAACUCCUCAUUUUGGAGGCGAAUCAGUCACAAAUUUGCGCUAUUCACCCAUCACAUAUCCAAGUGUUUUGGGGGAGCCAUUGCAUGGAGAGGAUCUGGCAGUUUGUAUCCAGAAAGGUACGUUAGACUGGGAUAGAGCUUUGAGAUGUAUCAGACACGCUCUGCGCACAACUCCCUCACCAGACUGGUGGAAACGUGUGCUGCUUGUAGCACCUUGUUACAGGCAACAAUCUAAUGCACCCUCUGCUGGAGCUGUUUUUACAUGGGAUAUGAUUUGUGAGGCAACAGUUGACAGGAUAGUUGAACUAUUGAAGAUGACAAAUUCAGAGUCAAAUUGUUGGCAGGAGUGGCUUAUCUUUUCAGAUAUAUUCUUCUUUUUGAUGAAGAGCGGUUGCAUUGACUUUGUGGAUUUUGUGGACAAGCUUGUUUCGCGCCUCAUUGAAGAUGACCAUCAUAUACUUCGGACAAACCAUGUUACAUGGUUGCUCGCACAGAUUAUACGUGUUGAACUUGUCAUGAAUGCUCUAAAUAACGAUUCCAGAAAGGUUGAAACAACAAAAAAGAUCUUGUCAUUUCAUAGGGAGGAUAAAAGCUCUGAUCCCAACAACCCUCAAAGUAUACUGCUUGACUUUAUAAGCAGUUGCCAGAACCUGCGGAUCUGGUCUUUGAAUACGCUAACUAGAGAUCAUUUGAAUAAUGAACAGCUUCAGAAAGGAAAGCAAAUCGAUGAGUGGUGGAGGCAAGUAAGCAAAGGUGAACGGAUGCUGGAUUAUAUGAAUAUGGAUGACAGAUCAAUUGGAAUGUUUUGGGUUGUAUCUUACACAAUGGCACAACCUGCAUGUGAGAUGGUUAUGAAUUGGCUUAAUUCUGCUGGUACUGAAGUACUGCAGGUCUCUGGUUUACAACCAAAUGAAAGACUGGUAAUGAUGCGGGAAACAAGUCCUUUGCCAAUAUCACUAUUAUCGGGAUUCUCAAUCAACUUGUGCAUGAAACUUGCAUAUCAAAUGGAGGAUUCUUUAUUUUCUGGACAGGUCAUUCCCAGCAUUGCAAUGGUUGAAACCUAUACCCGGUUGCUUCUUAUUGCGCCUUAUUCAUUGUUCCGCUCACAUUUCAGUCAUCUGACUCAAAGGAACCCAAGCACAUUAAGCAAGCCACUUGCUACACUUUUGGUGCUUGAGAUUCUGAAUUACCGGUUGCUUCCACUAUAUCGGUAUGAAGGAAAGAACAAAAGCUUAAUGUAUGAUGUCACAAAAAUUGUUGCUGCCUUGAAAGGGAAACGAGGUGAUCAUCGUUUAUUUAGACUGGCUGAAAACCUGUGCAUGAACCUAAUUCUGUCCUUAAGAGAUUUCUUUUCUGUGAAGAAGGAAGGGAAGGGACCUACUGAAUUCACUGAAACUCUGAAUCGUAUUGCUAUCAUUUCUCUUGCAACUAUUAUUAAGACACGUGGAAUUGCUGAGUCUGAGCAUUUACUUUAUCUUCCUGCAAUGGUGGAGCAAAUAUUGUCGAGUAGUCAACAUACAUGGUCUGAGAAAACUCUACGUUACUUCCCUCCUGUUCUACGUGAUACAUUAGUUGGUCGUGUAGAUAAAAGGGGGCUGGCCAUUCAAGCAUGGCAGCAGGCUGAGACUACUGUUAUUAAUCAAUGCACCCAGCUUCUUUCACCAUCAGCGGAUCCUACUUAUGUAGUGACAUACAUCAGUCAUAGCUUUCCUCAACACAGGCAAUAUCUUUGCGCUGGUGCUUGGAUACUAAUGCAUGGACACCCUGAAAGUAUAAAUAGUGCAAACCUGGCACGGGUGCUGAGAGAAUUUUCUCCUGAAGAAGUGACUGCAAAUAUUUAUACAAUGGUUGAUGUUCUGCUUCAUCACAUUCAAGUAGAGAUGCAUGCACAUGCCUUGCAGGACCUCCUUAUGAAAGCAUCUUCAAAUCUGGCAUUCUUUAUCUGGACUCAUGAGUUGCUUCCUUUGGAUAUUUUAGUCCUCGCAUUAAUUGACCGUGAUGAUGAUCCACAUGCUUUACACAUUGCGAUCACUCUGCUUGAUAGGCAAGAGCUACAGCAAAGGCUGAAAUUAUUCUUUUUGACCCGUGGACCUCCUGAGCAUUGGCUAUUUUCUGGAAUGUUCAAACGCGUAGAUCUGCAAAAGGCAUUAGGAAAUCAUCUCUCUUGGAAGGAAAGGUUUCCGGUAAUUUUUGAUGAUAUUGCUGCUCGUUUAUUGCCCGUCAUUCCUUUGGUAGUUUAUCGACUCAUUGAAAAUGAUGCUAUGGAGCAUGCUGAAAGAGUUCUGGUGAUGUACAAACAAUUGCUAGCCUACCAUCCUUUGAGGUUUACUUUUGUCCGUGACAUACUGGCAUAUUUUUAUGGCCAUCUUCCAGGAAAGCUAAUUGUCCGCAUACUUAAUGUGCUUGAUAUUUCCAAGAUUCCUUUUUCAGAGUCAUUUCCGCAGCAUAUCGCCUUAUCAAAUUCUUCAACAUGCCCUCCACCAGACUACUUUGCUUCCCUGUUACUGGGUUUAGUAAAUAACGUCAUUCCUCCCCUAAGUAGCAGCUCAAAAUCAGGAUCAAUUUUAGAUGCUUCGUACCUUUCAGCUCGCAGUCCACCGAAUAAAACUCCUGUUCCAAAUCAAUCCGGGCAAACAAAUGUUUCUGAGGUUCAGAAAGCUUUUUAUCAGAUCCAAGAUCCUGGAACAUACACCCAGCUAGUUCUUGAAACAGCUGUAAUGGAAUUGCUUUCUCUUCCUGUUUCUGCUUCCCAAAUUGUGGCAUCACUUGUUCAGAUUGUAGUCCAUAUCCAAUCUACACUUCUUCAGUCCAGCAGUGCGUCACAUGGAACUCCAAAUAGUUCGGGGCAAACCUCUGUGUUACCAACAUCUCCUUCUGGUGGAAGCACAGAUUCUAUGAAUGCAAGCAGAUCUACAGCGCCAGUUUCUGGACUGAAUACUUCUAAUUUUGUUUCUCGUAGUGGCUAUACAUGCCAACCGCUAUCUUGUUUGCUUAUUCAAGCUUGUGGUCUUCUGCUUGCUCAGCUUCCACAGGAUUUUCACAUACAACUCUAUCUUGAGGUGUCACGCCUUGUUAAAGAAUGCUGGUGGCUCACUGAUGGAAACCGGUCUCCUAAUGAACUGGAUUCAGCUGUUAAUUAUGCCUUACUGGAUCCGACAUGGGCUGCUCAAGACAAUACCUCCACAGCAAUAGGCAAUGUUGUUGGUUUGCUCCAUUCAUUCUUUAGCAACCUUCCACAAGAAUGGCUUGAAGGUGCCCAUGUGAUCAUUAAGCAACUGAGGCCAAUAACUUCAGUUGCUAUGCUGAGAAUAGCUUUCCGUAUUAUGGGCCCAUUGCUUCCAAGACUUGCAAAUGCUCAUACACUCUUCAACAAGACUCUCUCUCUGCUACUUGGUGCAGUGGUGGACGUGUUUGGGAAGACUGCACAACCAUCAGUGCCUGCUCUGGCAUCAGAAAUAAUUGACCUGAUCGACUUCCUGCACCAUGUUGUCCAUUAUGAAGGACAGGGUGGGCCGGUGCAGCCUACGAGUAAGCCUAGACCAGAGGUUUUGGUACUCUUUAGUCGAGCUCUGGAAAGUUUGCGACCAGACGUACAACAUCUUCUAUCUCACCUAUCAACAGAUGUAAACACCUCCAUCUAUGCUUCCACUCAUCCAAAGCUUGUCCAGAAUCCUAUGUCAUAAGCAUUCUUUUUACAUUUUAUUUUCACCUCGUUGCUGGCUUGUGCAAAAAGACCUUCAUCAGCUAUGAUAUUCCUGCCUGUCCUCUAAACUUAAAUCUUAAAUGUAUGUCCCUACAACUUCCUUCUGAAAAUGGAGAUAUACGGAAGGUUCUCCUUAAAUGAGGUCGUGGAUAGAUUACCGCUGACUUCCCAAAAUGGUUCUGUAGGAUUGUAGGUUCUAUCACCCUGACUUAUUUGUAAUUUAGUCUUUAUUAGUACUCUGAAAUCCAUCAUAUAAAGAUGUAUGUAGUUGGUUUGCUGCCGAUUUCUUUUUCCUGUAAGUUGAUGAACAGAGAUGAACCGGAUGAUCUUGUAUAAUAACACUAGUUUUGAAGCCUGUUAUUGUUUAUUUUAUUUUUGUAAAA